AUGCCGCUGAUAAACGAAUCCUACGACUCGCUGCCUUACGUUGACACCCUCGUCGACGAGCCGAGCCUGGCAGCUGCCCGCGCAGCCAUCGCCGCCGACCUCAGGGCCGCCGGCGUCAACACGGCGGACCUGCACCCCGCCCUCGCCCCGGCCGCCGCCUACACCCCGCGCUUCUCCGACUUCAUCGAGCGCGAGCAUGCGCGCCUGGACGGCAACCCGGCGUCGAAGCUGUCGGGCAUCGACCUGAAGCGCUACGAGGACCUCGACGCCCCCGAGAACACCAGCCCUGCCAGCGACGAGGACCGCCCGGAGCUGCUGCAGAAAUGGAGCGCGGCGCUGCGCCAGGCCAACACGAGCUCCGAGUACGUCCAGGCGCGCCUGACGCAGCUGGGGCUGCUGGAGAAGUUUGGCAAGAACGCCUGGCUCGUCGGCAAUGCGCAGCUGGAGGAUGUGUUGAAGGGGAUUGAGGCCGAGCUGGCCGACGUGCGCCGCCAGCACGAGGAGGUCGAGACGGCGCGACGUGCGCAGCAGGACAACGUACACGGCGAGAUCAAGACGCUGGAGGAGACGUGGAAGGCGGGCGUCGGCCGCGUGCUGGAGACCGAGGUGGCCGCCGAGGGCCUGAAGCAGCAGAUUCUGGAGCGCCGCCGCGCCGGCGCAGUUUGA